CACAGAUACUAGUCGGGUUUGUUACCACUGAGCCAUGAUGGGAACUUCCACUGCAGACUUUAAUCAGGGGAUCCUAAUGAAGAAUUUUGUGUAUAUGGAAUCCAGGAAGCCUUUCUUCCUACACUGAAGUUCUUUCUCAGGGCCUUCCUAAUCCCCCAGUUCUCAAAUCCUUACCCAUUCUCUCACCAUCUCAACUCUAAACUACACUUGCCCAGAGCAGGUAAAGUUGCCAGAAACCUGGCUGGAAUGUUUCUUUUCUUUUCUUUUCUUUUUUGGCCAUGCCCACAUCAUGCAGAAGAUCAAAACCACUCCACAGCAGUGACCAGAGCCAUGGCAGUACAGCACCAGGUCCUCAACCCACUGAGCCACCAGGGAACUCCCAUCUAUCUUGAGGGUAGUUAUCCAAGGCUUUGGUAAAUGAAGAGACUGCCUUCCUGCCCAAAUCCUUACCUUGAUAUCCUCUGGAGGAGUCUCCUGAGAUGCUCCUGAUACAGAAGCUGUUUUAGGAAGUUCCUCUGUGGGACAGUGGGUUAAGGAUCUGGCAUUUCUGCUAUGGUGUGGGUUUGGUUCCUGUCCUGGGAACUUCCACAUGCCUUGGGUGCAGCCAAAAAAAUAGAUAUUUUAUCUUUAACUCCUCCCCUGGUCCCAGAUUUACCUGACCUGGAACUGAUGAAGGAAAAUAGCUGUAACUAAGGACGACAUGCUACCUCUGGACUCCUCAAAGGGCCCAGAGAAAAGCGGAGGUGGCUGAAGAGAGGAGGAUAUGAGGUUGGUUCUCUGCUCCUCCCUCUCUCUCCCUGCUUUUCCCCACACCCAUCCUCUCCCCCACAGAGACUGGGAAGCCGUCUCCCCCACAGAGACUGGGAAGAGGGAGGGGGGCGGAGUUGGGGACUGAGGGCUCAGAAGCCCCACGGUGCCCUGCAUCUGGAGGAAGCCCUGGCCAGGGGCAGCUGUGCUGGCUCUGGCUCCCUGCCUCUCACUGCUUCAGCAUGAUGCUGGGGACUCUGGGACUUUGGGCACUGCUUCCAGCAACAGUGCAAGCACCCCCAAGCAGGCGGACCUGUGUGUUCUUUGAGGCCCCUGGAGUGCGGGGAAGCACAAAGACUCUGGGGAAGCUGCUAGAUGCAGGACCAGGGCUCCCCAGGGGUAUCCGCUGCCUCUACAGCCACUGCUGCUUUGGGAUCUGGAACCUGACCCAAGACCGGGCACAGGUGGAGAUGCAAGGAUGCCGAGACAGUGAUGAGCCAGGCUGUGAGUCCCCCCACUGUGACCCGAGCCCCCGAGCCCAUCCCAGCCCCGUCUCCACUCUCUUCACUUGCUCCUGUGGCACUGACUUCUGCAAUGCCAAUUACAGCCAUCUGCCUCCUCCAGGGAGCCCUGGGACUCCGGCUUCCCAGGGUCCCCAGGCUGUCCCAGGCGAGUCCAUCUGGAUGGCGCAGGUGCUGCUGGGGCUGUUCCUCUUCCUCCUGCUGCUGCUGAGCAGCAUCAUCGUGGCCCUGCUACAACGUAAGGCCUGCCGAGUGCAAGGUGGGCCAGAGCCAGAACCAGAGCCAGAGCCAGAGUCAGACUCAGGCAGGAACUGGAGUGCCGAGCUGCCCGAGCUGCCCGAGCUCUGCUUCUCCCAGGUUAUCCGGGAAGGAGAUCACACAGUGGUGUGGGCUGGGCAGCUGCAAGGCAAGCUGGUAGCCAUCAAGGCCUUCCCCCUGAAGGCUGUGGCCCAGUUCCAAGCUGAGAGAGCACUGUACGAGCUGCCUGGCCUACAGCAUGACCACAUUGUCCGUUUCAUCACUGCCAGCAGGGGCAGCCCUGGCCCCCUGCCCUGUGGGCCCCUGCUGGUACUGGAACUGCACCCCAAGGGCUCCUUGUGCCACUACUUGACCCAGCACACCAGUGACUGGGAAAGUUCCCUGAGGAUGGCGCUGUCUCUGGCACAGGGCCUGGCGUUUCUCCAUGAGGAACGCUGGCAGGAUGGCCAAUAUAAACCAGGUAUUGCCCACCGAGAUCUGAGCAGCCAGAACGUGCUCAUUCGGGAUGAUGGGUCCUGCGCCAUUGGAGACCUGGGCCUCGCCUUGGUGCUCCCUGGCCUCGCUCAGCCACCCACCUGGGCCCCUACUCAACCCCGAGGCCCAGCUGCCAUCAUGGAGGCUGGUACCCAGAGGUACAUGGCACCAGAACUCUUGGACAAGACUCUGGACCUACAGGACUGGGGCACAGCCCUCCGGCGAGCCGACGUUUACUCUCUGGCUCUGCUCCUGUGGGAGAUCCUGAGUCGCUGCGCAGAUUUAUACCCUGACAGCAGCCCACCCCCCUUCCAACUGGCCUAUGAGGCAGAACUGGGUAGCAGCCCCACCACCUGUGAGCUGUGGACCUUGGCAGUGGAGGAGAGAAGGCGUCCCCACGUCCCAUCCACCUGGAGCUGCUUCGCCACAGACCCUGGUGGCCUGAGAGAGCUCCUGGAGGACUGCUGGGAUGCAGACCCAGAAGCACGGCUGACAGCUGCGUGUGUACAGCAGCGCCUGGCCACCCUGACCCAUCCUCAGGAGGCCCAUCCCUUCCCAGAGGGCGGUCCACGUGGAUGCCCACCUCUCUGCCCAGAAGAUGGUCUCUCAAUUCCUCUCCCUCACCAUUUGCCCUUACAGGCCUCGGCUGAGCGUCUGCCACGUCAUUGUUCAGCAAGGCCCUAGUUCCAGAAAUCCUCAACUCCCUGUACUGCUUCUCAUGUGUAAAGAUGCAGUUUAUGUAUAAUCUGUGUACAUGCAAACAUAAAUAUGGUAAUCAGA